UUACAUGUAUACAGAUAAUUUGCUGGUUUUUAUCAGGUCCGAUAGAGUGUUGUAUUGUUUGUGUCUAGUUCCUAUAUCAACUACACCCUGUCGAAUAAAAGCUUGGCAAGACAAACGCUCUGGAUUGUUUUGGUAGUCAUGACCAUGAUGGCAGGGAUUCCGGUAGUGGAUAUGUCCCCCUAUAGAAUUGAUACUGUCAGAGAAGACGAAGUGGACAUGGAAACUCUCCAUUCUGUAGGGAACUCCAUUUGCGCGGCCUUCAGGGACCUCGGCUUCUGUUAUAUAAAAAAUCAUGGCAUUCAAAAAUCUCUGAUUGAUUCAAUGUUUGCUACGAGUAAGACCUUCUUUGAAAUGCCACUGGAGUACAAGAAGAAAUACCGACGGGAACCCCAUGUAAAUUCUCUCUAUGGAUGGAUACCACGAGAAGCUGAAAGUUUAAACCCAGAGCGUCCUGGUGACUACAAGGAAGCUUACAACUAUACGCCCUGGGAUGGGGAUGAGGUUCUUCCGGAUUUGGACGGUUUCGAGGAAACUAUGAAAAAUUUCCGUGUCUCUUGUGAAACUUUGUCUCUGCGGAUCCUUGACCUGAUGUCAUUAGGACUCGAUCUGGAGGACAAACAGUUCUUAAGGAAAUGUCAUGCAUACUUUGGACAAAGAGGAAAUUCUUCAGUACUAAAGACAAUAUUCUACCCAGCAUUACCUCAAAAUACAGAUAUCAAACCCAAUCAAUUACGGUGUGGAGAACACUCCGAUUACGGGUCUCUAACACUACUGUUUCAGGACGACGCAGGGGGUCUAGAGGUAAGAGACCUAAAUGGUAAGUACAUACCAGCGACCCCGAUCCCAGACACUGUACUGAUCAACAUUGGAGAUCUGAUGCAGAGAUGGACAGCCGAUCGUCUCACCGCCACAAAACACAGAGUGGUGAUUCCUAAGGAGGAAUUAAGGAAGAUGAUGAAUCGACAAUCUAUCGCGUUCUUUAUCCAACCAGACGAUGAAGUGAUGAUUCGAAGUUUGGAUAAAUCUGAUAAAUUUGAACCCAUUCAAAGUUUGCAGUACCUUCUGGACCGCCUGGGACUUGCAAGAAAACUUCGCCAAUCCACUGCCUUCUUCAUCCUGCCUGAUGAAGAAGCCAUGAUCAAGUGCCUGGACAACUCCAACAAACAUGACCCUGUCUCUAGUAAGGACAUGACCCUGUCUCUAGUAAGGACAUGA